CUUCUCAACCUUAAUCCAUGAUGGAAGGUAGUGGAUCCUUAAAUGGCUCUCUACUCCCUCCAGGUUUCCGCUUCCACCCCACAGAUCAAGAGCUUAUCAUCCAUUACCUGAGGAAGAAGAUAACGUCAUCCCUCCCUCCAUAUUCUUCCAUUAUUGCAGAAAUCGAUCUCUACAAGUUCAACCCAUGGGAGCUUCCCGAAAAAGCGGUUUUUGGUGAGGGUGAAUGGUUCUUCUUCAGUCCAAGGGAUCGCAAGUACCCGAAUGGCCUCCGGCCAAACCGUGCGGCUGCGUGUGGAUUCUGGAAGGCAACGGGAACUGAUAAGCCUAUACUGGCCGCUAAUGGCAACCAUUGCCUCGGCGUUAAGAAAGCUCUGGUAUUUUACAGAGGCCGGCCGCCUAAAGGCGGCAAGACUGAUUGGAUCAUGAAUGAAUAUCGUCUACUUGAUCACUCCACUACUUCUAUGCAGCAUAAGCAUAAGGGAACCAUGCGACUCGACGAUUGGGUUCUCUGCCGAGUCAGGCAUAAGGGCAGCCUCCUGUCGGAAUGCGACGAGAAGCCGUUGCCGCCACCGGCGGCAGCCUCGUUAUUCAUCAAGUCUCCGGCACAGCACGAAUUAAAGCAGCAGUAUGCCGGAAAAGAAAGAAACACCCUUUUUGAGUUAAGCGACUGCCAGCUGAUGGGCGAUCUCAUGGACUCUGCUUCCAAGGCGGAAAGCGCCGGUGAAAACUCCGAGCUUGUUCAAGGCGGCGAUUUCUUCAUCGGAGAACAGCAACAGCCUGAGUUUCCUUCAGGCAAGAGGAUGCACAGCAUCGCCGCCGGCGAGCAGCAGUCGCCGACAUAA